AUGGCUGCACUGGUGGAGCCGCUGGGGCUGGAGCGGGACGUGUCCCGGGCUGUGGAGCUGCUGGAGCGGCUGCAGCGUAGCGGAGAGCUGCCCCCGCAGAAGCUGCAGGCCCUGCAGCGGGUCCUGCAGAGCCGCUUUUGCUCCGCCAUCCGCGAGGUGUACGAACAGCUCUAUGACACGCUGGACAUCACUGGCAGCGCCGAGGUGCGGGCUCAUGCCACAGCCAAGGCCACAGUGGCUGCUUUCACAGCCAGUGAGGGCCACGCACAUCCCAGGGUCGUGGAACUACCGAAGACUGAUGAGGGCUUGGGCUUCAACAUCAUGGGUGGCAAAGAGCAGAACUCACCCAUCUAUAUCUCUCGAGUCAUCCCUGGAGGUGUGGCUGAUCGCCACGGUGGCCUCAAGAGGGGAGACCAGCUGCUGUCUGUGAAUGGUGUGAGUGUGGAAGGCGAACACCAUGAAAAGGCGGUGGAGCUCCUGAAGGCCGCACAGGGCUCCGUGAAACUGGUGGUGCGCUACACCCCUCGGGUGCUGGAGGAGAUGGAAGCCCGCUUCGAGAAGAUGCGAUCUGCCCGUCGGCGCCAGCAGCACCACAGCUACUCGUCCUUGGAGUCUCGAGGCUGAAAUCACAGAACAGGACCCUCCUCCUCCCCUGUACAGUAUUAUUUAUUGUCACUGGCUCCUUAUUUA